AUGAAUGCCAGCGAUCCUGUCGAUGUGGCUGAGAUUGCCAAAUCAAAGGAAAUCUCACACAAUAUCGGUCUCAACGAGAAAGUCCCCGUGGUUGAUGAGUUGACUAUCGACAAUGCCCCCCUGCGGGACGCGUCAAUCGAAGGUGAUUCUCUGGAUAAAACAAAUCCUACCGAGGAGGAACUGGCCACUUUGCGCCGUGUUGCCGGCACCCUACCAGUGGCUGCAUACAGCGUUGCCUUUGUGGAACUGUGCGAGCGUUUCUCGUACUACGGUGCUACUGCUGUUUUUGUCAAUUUCAUUCAGCGACCUAUGCCCGUUGGAUCCACCACCGGUGCCCUCGUUCCAGGUGUCUCCAACUGGAGCAAUGAUUCGCCCGGGGCUCUGGGUAUGGGCCAGCAGGCCUCCACUGGAUUGACAUUGUUUAACUCCUUCUGGUCCUACAUCAUGCCUCUCUUUGGUGCUAUGGUUGCUGAUCAAUGGUGGGGUCGUUACCGCACCAUCAUGUCCGCGAUUGCCUGUGCACUCGUUGGACACAUCAUUCUCAUCAUUUCCGCCAUUCCGCAGGUUAUGCAAAGUCCCAACGGAGCCAUUGCAUGCUUCUCUAUUGGUCUUAUUAUCAUGGGUGUAGGAACUGGUGGUUUCAAGGCCAAUAUUGCCCCCCUGAUUGCCGAGCAAUAUCGCGAGGACAGGCCUUAUGUUACAACACUUGCUUCUGGUGAGCGUGUCAUCGUUGACCCGUCUGCUACUGUUGCCCGUAUCUACAUGUACUUCUACAUGAUGGUCAAUAUCGGUUCUUUUGUCGGUCAGGUCGCCAUGGUCUACGCCGAGCGAUAUGUGGGUUUCUGGCUCUCUUAUCUGCUCCCCACAGCCAUGUUCUGUCUGUGCCCUGCUGUGUUGCUUGUCUGCAAGAAGCACUAUAUUCUCACUCCUCCCGGUGGAUCAAUCUACCCCAAAGCUUUCAAAGUAUCAAUGUUGGCGAUGAAGGGCCGCUGGACCCUAAACCCCAUGCGAUGGUUCAAGAGCUCUGGAGUCGAUAUUUGGGCUGCAGCCAAGCCCAGCCACCUCGGAGCCAACAAGCCAGCGUGGAUGGACUUCGACGAUGCGUGGGUUGAUGAAGUUCGCCGAGGACUGCUUGCCUGCAGAGUGUUUUUGUGGUACCCCCUUUACUGGCUCGCCUACAACCAAAUGUUGAACAACCUGACAUCUCAAGCGGCCACCAUGAAACUUGGAGGUGUCCCCAACGACAUCAUCAACAACCUCAACCCCAUUGCACUCAUCAUCUUCAUCCCCAUCUUCGAUCAUCUCGUAUACCCUGGUAUUCGCAAGAUGGGUUUCCACUUCACCCCCUUGAAGCGUAUCACGGCCGGUUUCAUCGUGGCUGCUCUCAGCAUGGUCGUUGCUGCAGUCACCCAAUACUACAUCUACAAGUUGGGGCCCUGUGGUAACCAGGCCAACAUGUGUCUAGAGGUUAAGCACGAGCACACCAACAUCUCUGUUUGGAUCCAAGCCCUGACCUAUAUCAUGGGUGGUAUUUCCGAGAUCCUUGCAUCCAUCACUUCCCUCGAGUAUGCCUACACCAAAGCCCCGAAGAACAUGCGAUCCCUCGUCCAGGCUGUCUCCCUUUUGAUGAACGCCUUCUCAUCUGCCAUUGGUCAGGCUUUCAUUGGUCUGGCUGAUGAUCCUCUCUUGACUUGGAACUACACCGUGGUUGCUAUCCUCGCCUUCCUGGGUGGUGUUGGAUUCUGGGCCACCAACUACAAGUUGGACGCCCAGGAGGAUGCCAUGAACAUGCUUCCAGACAGCGACUUCACUCCCCACACGGUUGUCGAUGAGGAGCGGAGAUAA